AAGGCACCCAAACUCCAUUAAUGAUGUGAAAAUAAGACAUGAAGAUGUAAAUCACACGAUUUAAAUAUAACGGUAAGAUGUGGCCCUUGUGGGUCAACCCGACUUUGUGUGAUAUAUAUACGGGAUAACAUCGGAGUUUUCAGUUCAUAUGCUGAAUGGUUAUCUUCGAUGUGAGUUAUGAAAUGGAUUUAUCAUUGAUGACGACGGAUUUAAGGUUUGAACAUACAGAGAUCCCUUAUUCACAUAAUUUCCGUGAUUAUAAAUGAUGUUUAGGCUUUCAAUGAUGUCUAAUGCAGUGAUGUAGAUAGAUGUUUUGAUAUAUUUGACAAACCCGUUUAAACGCUUUAGGAACUCGAUAAAUGGGCCUGGGCCUCCAUAACUGUUAACACUAACGGCUUCAUACUCGAAAGACCCGCCAACUAAAAUUCAAAACUUACCUCACUUUUUCUCUCUUCCACUUUUUUCCUUCCUUAAAUCCCUUUUUACGACAUGCUUCACAAAAAAAGUCUACAAAAGACACAUUACAUAUAUACACAAUAUACAUCUCCAUCUCUCGUUUAAACAAAUACAUUUUAUUUUUCUUCUUUCUCUGCAGAUAUUUUGAAAAUUCAAACUCACACCAAGAAAUGGGUUGUUGCAUCAGCAAAUUCUCUCCAAAGACAGAAGAUUUCAAGCAAGUAGAAGAACCUCAAGAGAAGUACUGUUAUGCGCCAGAGAAGCUGUUCAUGUCUCGUUGUCCAAGUCGAGUAUCUCCACUUCUUGUUCCCGACAAGAACCGGUUUAACCCCAUUCCUGUCCCGGAUAAGUUUAUCCACAUCUCGGACAAACUUCCUCCUCCGUCUCCUCAUGUAAAGCUGGCAUCUUUCUCUCCAAACGUCCAGCCUUCCACCACAAGCAACUCUUCUCUGACCUCAUCAAGCUCGUCGCUUUCUACGGCCUCUUCAAUCUCGGUGUCAAAGGAGAGAUCUUUCUCUAACGACUUCUUGCGUGCUUGUUACCAAGAGAAUUCACAUGUUGCUCGGAUCAGUUCCUUACGAGAAUCUUCUCUUUCUCUGAAAAACGGGCAUCCUAACCGGUCUAAUUCCCCGGUUAAGCCAAACCGGUAUUCAACAACGCCAAACAGAGCUAAUGCAACCCCGGAAAGAGGAACGUAUGGUUCUAAGAGAACCCGAGAGCCAUCUCCUAACCACCGUGCGUUGACGCGACAAAAGAGCUUUCGUAAAGAUCAAGAAAGUGUUAUCAUGUCUUCAUCAAGUUCUUCUUUAACCAAGGGAAAGUUCUUCAAGUCACCAUCUCCAAGCAGGAGAUUUGAAAGAUCUUCGCCAUCUCCAAGCAGGAGAUUCGCUAUGGCAGAGGGAGACUUGAAGGUGACUUCACUCUCUACUAGUUUGAGGAAAGAUAGCUUAGAUCUCUCUCGUCUCAAGACUUUUCCUAAGAACAGCAGAUCAGAGACGACUCGGAUUCAUCGUAUAAGUUCUAAGAUCAACACAACCACUAUCAAAGAAGUAGUCGAAAGCCACAUGGAACCGGUUGUUCCAAUGCUUGAAGAGAUCGGCAACCCGUUGAUUGAUUUGGAUUGCUUCAUCUUUCUGUAACGAUUCAGUUUUUUCUUGUUGAAGAUGUGUUUGUGUGCACAGUACAGAUAGGUUCUGUAUUUGUAUAACUCGUUUUUUUUUUAACUUAUGGUUUGUGAGAUGAUCAACUAGAUCAACAGUCUCAUACUUGCUUUUUGUUUGUUUGUUUUGAAAUCUACUUACUUUUGUAUGGAUUUGAAAUAGUUUGU